AUGGUGGCGGGCGACUCGGGCAGCAAGCACAACGGCGGCCGCAGCGCCACCGUGUGUGCCGUCAACAGCAUGGUCUCGGAGGCUUCCGCGGCGACCGUGGCCGUGUUGGAUGUGAUCGGGGGCGUCUCCGCUGGCAUGGUCACGAACGCGACGGUGGCAUUCGGCUCGGGCAGCGAGCGCAACGACAGCGGCAGUCCGCACGCAGGUCGCCGCCGCGACAUCGACAGCAGGGUCUCGGACACGAUGGAGGUGACCGUGGCCUUGGUGGACGUGGUCAGCGGCGUCUCCGCCGACAUGGACACGGACGCGGACGCGAUGGUGGCGGGCGACUCGGGCAGCAAGCACAACGGCGGCCGCAGCGCCACCGUGUGUGCCGUCAACAGCAUGGUCUCGGAGGCUUCCGCGGCGACCGUGGCCGUGUUGGAUGUGAUCGGGGGCGUCUCCGCUGGCAUGGUCACGAACGCGACGGUGGCAUUCGGCUCGGGCAGCGAGCGCAACGACAGCGGCAGUCCGCACGCAGGUUGCCGCCGCGACAUCGACAGCAGGGUCUCGGACACGAUGGAGGUGACCGUGGCCUUGGUGGACGUGGUCAGCGGCGUCUCCGCCGACAUGGACACGGACGCGGACGCGAUGGUGGCGGGCGACUCGGGCAGCAAGCACAACGGCGGCCGCAGCGCCGCCGUGUGUGCCGUCAACAGCAUGGUCUCGGAGGCUUCCGCGGCGACCGUGGCCGUGUUGGAUGUGAUCGGGGGCGUCUCCGCUGGCAUGGUCACGAACGCGACGGUGGCAUGGUCACGAACGCGACGGUGGCAUGGUCACGAACGCGACGUCCGCACGCAGGUUGCCGCCGGUAGUAGCGUCAGCGGCGUCGCCAGCGACAUCGACAGCAGGGUCUCGGACACGAUGGAGGUGACCGUGGCCUUGGUGGACGUGGUCAGCGGCGUCUCCGCCGACAUGGACACGGACGCGGACGCGAUGGUGGCGGGCGACUCGGGCAGCAAGCACAACGGCGGCCGCAGCGCCGCCGUGUGUGCCGUCAACAGCAUGGUCUCGGAGGCUUCCGCGGCGACCGUGGCCGUGUUGGAUGUGAUCGGGGGCGUCUCCACUGGCAUGGUCACGAACGCGACGGUGGCAUGGUCACGAACGCGACGGUGGCAUUCGGCUCGGGCAGCGAGCGCAACGACAGCGGCAGUCCGCACGCAGGUUGCCGCCGGUAGUAGCGUCAGCGGCGUCGCCAGCGACAUCGACAGCAGGGUCUCGGACACGAUGGAGGUGACCGUGGCCUUGGUGGACGUGGUCAGCGGCGUCUCCGCCGACAUGGACACGGACGCGGACGCGGACGCGAUGGUGGCGGGCGACUCGGGCAGCAAGCACAACGGCGGCCGCAGCGCCGCCGUGUGUGCCGUCAACAGCAUGGUCUCGGAGGCUUCCGCCGCGACCGUGGCCGUGUUGGAUGUGAUCGGGGGCGUCUCCACUGGCAUGGUCACGAACGCGACGGUGGCAUUCGGCUCGGGCAGCGAGCGCAACGACAGCGGCAGUCCGCACGCAGGUUGCCGCCGCGACAUCGACAGCAGGGUCUCGGACACGAUGGAGGUGACCGUGGCCUUGGUGGACGUGGUCAGCGGCGUCUCCGCCGACAUGGACACGGACGCGGACGCGGACGCGAUGGUGGCGGGCGACUCGGGCAGCAAGCACAACGGCGGCCGCAGCGCCGCCGUGUGUGCCGUCAACAGCAUGGUCUCGGAGGCUUCCGCGGCGACCGUGGCCGUGUUGGAUGUGAUCGGGGGCGUCUCCGCUGGCAUGGUCACGAACGCGACGGUGGCAUGGUCACGAACGCGACGGUGGCAUUCGGCUCGGGCAGCGAGCGCAACGACAGCGGCAGUCCGCACGCAGGUUGCCGCCGGUAGUAGCGUCAGCGGCGUCGCCAGCGACAUCGACAGCAGGGUCUCGGACACGAUGGAGGUGACCGUGGCCUUGGUGGACGUGGUCAGCGGCGUCUCCGCCGACAUGGACACGGACACGGACGCGGACGCGAUGGUGGCGGGCGACUCGGGCAGCAAGCACAACGGCGGCCGCAGCGCCGCCGUGUGUGCCGUCAACAGCAUGGUCUCGGAGGCUUCCGCGGCGACCGUGGCCGUGUUGGAUGUGAUCGGGGGCGUCUCCACUGGCAUGGUCACGAACGCGACGGUGGCAUGGUCACGAACGCGACGGUGGCAUUCGGCUCGGGCAGCGAGCGCAACGACAGCGGCAGUCCGCACGCAGGUUGCCGCCGGUAGUAGCGUCAGCGGCGUCGCCAGCGACAUCGACAGCAGGGUCUCGGACACGAUGGAGGUGACCGUGGCCUUGGUGGACGUGGUCAGCGGCGUCUCCGCCGACAUGGACACGGACACGGACGCGGACGCGAUGGUGGCGGGCGACUCGGGCAGCAAGCACAACGGCGGCCGCAGCGCCGCCGUGUGUGCCGUCAACAGCAUGGUCUCGGAGGCUUCCGCGGCGACCGUGGCCGUGUUGGAUGUGAUCGGGGGCGUCUCCACUGGCAUGGUCACGAACGCGACGGUGGCAUGGUCACGAACGCGACGGUGGCAUUCGGCUCGGGCAGCGAGCGCAACGACAGCGGCAGUCCGCACGCAGGUUGCCGCCGGUAGUAGCGUCAGCGGCGUCGCCAGCGACAUCGACAGCAGGGUCUCGGACACGAUGGAGGUGACCGUGGCCUUGGUGGACGUGGUCAGCGGCGUCUCCGCCGACAUGGACACGGACACGGACGCGGACGCGAUGGUGGCGGGCGACUCGGGCAGCAAGCACAACGGCGGCCGCAGCGCCGCCGUGUGUGCCGUCAACAGCAUGGUCUCGGAGGCUUCCGCGGCGACCGUGGCCGUGUUGGAUGUGAUCGGGGGCGUCUCCACUGGCAUGGUCACGAACGCGACGGUGGCAUGGUCACGAACGCGACGGUGGCAUUCGGCUCGGGCAGCGAGCGCAACGACAGCGGCAGUCCGCACGCAGGUUGCCGCCGGUAGUAGCGUCAGCGGCGUCGCCAGCGACAUCGACAGCAGGGUCUCGGACACGAUGGAGGUGACCGUGGCCUUGGUGGACGUGGUCAGCGGCGUCUCCGCCGACAUGGACACGGACGCGGACGCGAUGGUGGCGGGCGACUCGGGCAGCAAGCACAACGGCGGCCGCAGCGCCGCCGUGUGUGCCGUCAACAGCAUGGUCUCGGAGGCUUCCGCGGCGACCGUGGCCGUGUUGGAUGUGAUCGGGGGCGUCUCCUCUGGCAUGGUCACGAACGCGACGGUGGCAUUCGGCUCGGGCAGCGAGCGCAACGACAGCGGCAGUCCGCACGCAGGUUGCCGCCGCGACAUCGACAGCAGGGUCUCGGACACGAUGGAGGUGACCGUGGCCUUGGUGGACGUGGUCAGCGGCGUCUCCGCCGACAUGGACACGGACGCGGACGCGAUGGUGGCGGGCGACUCGGGCAGCAAGCACAACGGCGGCCGCAGCGCCGCCGUGUGUGCCGUCAACAGCAUGGUCUCGGAGGCUUCCGCGGCGACCGUGGCCGUGUUGGAUGUGAUCGGGGGCGUCUCCACUGGCAUGGUCACGAACGCGACGGUGGCAUGGUCACGAACGCGACGGUGGCAUUCGGCUCGGGCAGCGAGCGCAACGACAGCGGCAGUCCGCACGCAGGUUGCCGCCGGUAGUAGCGUCAGCGGCGUCGCCAGCGACAUCGACAGCAGGGUCUCGGACACGAUGGAGGUGACCGUGGCCUUGGUGGACGUGGUCAGCGGCGUCUCCGCCGACAUGGACACGGACGCGGACGCGAUGGUGGCGGGCGACUCGGGCAGCAAGCACAACGGCGGCCGCAGCGCCGCCGUGUGUGCCGUCAACAGCAUGGUCUCGGAGGCUUCCGCGGCGACCGUGGCCGUGUUGGAUGUGAUCGGGGGCGUCUCCUCUGGCAUGGUCACGAACGCGACGGUGGCAUGGUCACGAACGCGACGGUGGCAUUCGGCUCGGGCAGCGAGCGCAACGACAGCGGCAGUCCGCACGCAGGUUGCCGCCGGUAGUAGCGUCAGCGGCGUCGCCAGCGACAUCGACAGCAGGGUCUCGGACACGAUGGAGGUGACCGUGGCCUUGGUGGACGUGGUCAGCGGCGUCUCCGCCGACAUGGACACGGACACGGACGCGAUGGUGGCGGGCGACUCGGGCAGCAAGCACAACGGCGGCCGCAGCGCCGCCGUGUGUGCCGUCAACAGCAUGGUCUCGGAGGCUUCCGCGGCGACCGUGGCCGUGUUGGAUGUGAUCGGGGGCGUCUCCACUGGCAUGGUCACGAACACGACGGUGGCAUGGUCACGAACGCGACGGUGGCAUUCGGCUCGGGCAGCGAGCGCAACGACAGCGGCAGUCCGCACGCAGGUUGCCGCCGGUAGUAGCGUCAGCGGCGUCGCCAGCGACAUCGACAGCAGGGUCUCGGACACGAUGGAGGUGACCGUGGCCUUGGUGGACGUGGUCAGCGGCGUCUCCGCCGACAUGGACACGGACACGGACGCGAUGGUGGCGGGCGACUCGGGCAGCAAGCACAACGGCGGCCGCAGCGCCGCCGUGUGUGCCGUCAACAGCAUGGUCUCGGAGGCUUCCGCGGCGACCGUGGCCGUGUUGGAUGUGAUCGGGGGCGUCUCCACUGGCAUGGUCACGAACGCGACGGUGGCAUGGUCACGAACGCGACGGUGGCAUUCGGCUCGGGCAGCGAGCGCAACGACAGCGGCAGUCCGCACGCAGGUUGCCGCCGGUAGUAGCGUCAGCGGCGUCGCCAGCGACAUCGACAGCUGGGUCUCGGACACGAUGGAGGUGACCGUGGCCUUGGUGGACGUGGUCAGCGGCGUCUCCGCCGACAUGGACACGGACGCGGACGCGAUGGUGGCGGGCGACUCGGGCAGCAAGCACAACGGCGGCCGCAGCGCCGCCGUGUGUGCCGUCAACAGCAUGGUCUCGGAGGCUUCCGCGGCGACCGUGGCCGUGUUGGAUGUGAUCGGGGGCGUCUCCGCUGGCAUGGUCACGAACGCGACGGUGGCAUUCGGCUCGGGCAGCGAGCGCAACGACAGCGGCAGUCCGCACGCAGGUUGCCGCCGCGACAUCGACAGCAGGGUCUCGGACACGAUGGAGGUGACCGUGGCCUUGGUGGACGUGGUCAGCGGCGUCUCCGCCGACAUGGACACGGACGCGGACGCGAUGGUGGCGGGCGACUCGGGCAGCAAGCACAACGGCGGCCGCAGCGCCGCCGUGUGUGCCGUCAACAGCAUGGUCUCGGAGGCUUCCGCGGCGACCGUGGCCGUGUUGGAUGUGAUCGGGGGCGUCUCCGCUGGCAUGGUCACGAACGCGACGGUGGCAUUCGGCUCGGGCAGCGAGCGCAACGACAGCGGCAGUCCGCACGCAGGUUGCCGCCGCGACAUCAACAGCAGGGUCUCGGACACGAUGGAGGUGACCGUGGCCUUGGUGGACGUGGUCAGCGGCGUCUCCGCCGACAUGGACACGGACGCGGACGCGAUGGUGGCGGGCGACUCGGGCAGCAAGCACAACGGCGGCCGCAGCGCCGCCGUGUGUGCCGUCAACGGCAUGGUCUCGGAGGCUUCCGCGGCGACCGUGGCCGUGUUGGAUGUGAUCGGGGGCGUCUCCGCUGGCAUGGUCACGAACGCGACGGUGGCAUUCGGCUCGGGCAGCGAGCGCAACGACAGCGGCAGUCCGCACGCAGGUUGCCGCCGCGACAUCGACAGCAGGGUCUCGGACACGAUGGAGGUGACCGUGGCCUUGGUGGACGUGGUCAGCGGCGUCUCCGCCGACAUGGACACGGACGCGGACGCGAUGGUGGCGGGCGACUCGGGCAGCAAGCACAACGGCAGCCGCAGCGCCGCCGUGUGUGCCGUCAACAGCAUGGUCUCGGAGGCUUCCGCGGCGACCGUGGCCGUGUUGGAUGUGAUCGGGGGCGUCUCCGCUGGCAUGGUCACGAACGCGACGGUGGCAUUCGGCUCGGGCAGCGAGCGCAACGACAGCGGCAGUCCGCACGCAGGUUGCCGCCGCGACAUCGACAGCAGGGUCUCGGACACGAUGGAGGUGACCGUGGCCUUGGUGGACGUGGUCAGCGGCGUCUCCGCCGACAUGGACACGGACGCGGACGCGAUGGUGGCGGGCGACUCGGGCAGCAAGCACAACGGCGGCCGCAGCGCCGCCGUGUGUGCCGUCAACAGCAUGGUCUCGGAGGCUUCCGCGGCGACCGUGGCCGUGUUGGAUGUGAUCGGGGGCGUCUCCGCUGGCAUGGUCACGAACGCGACGGUGGCAUUCGGCUCGGGCAGCGAGCGCAACGACAGCGGCAGUCCGCACGCAGGUUGCCGCCGCGACAUCGACAGCAGGGUCUCGGACACGAUGGAGGUGACCGUGGCCUUGGUGGACGUGGUCAGCGGCGUCUCCGCCGACAUGGACACGGACGCGGACGCGAUGGUGGCGGGCGACUCGGGCAGCAAGCACAACGGCGGCCGCAGCGCCGCCGUGUGUGCCGCCAACAGCAUGGUCUCGGAGGCUUCCGCGGCGACCGUGGCCGUGUUGGAUGUGAUCGGGGGCGUCUCCGCUGGCAUGGUCACGAACGCGACGGUGGCAUUCGGCUCGGGCAGCGAGCGCAACGACAGCGGCAGUCCGCACGCAGGUUGCCGCCGCGACAUCGACAGCAGGGUCUCGGACACGAUGGAGGUGACCGUGGCCUUGGUGGACGUGGUCAGCGGCGUCUCCGCCGACAUGGACACGGACGCGGACGCGAUGGUGGCGGGCGACUCGGGCAGCAAGCACAACGGCGGCCGCAGCGCCGCCGUGUGUGCCGCCAACAGCAUGGUCUCGGAGGCUUCCGCGGCGACCGUGGCCGUGUUGGAUGUGAUCGGGGGCGUCUCCGUUGGCAUGGUCACGAACGCGACGGUGGCAUUCGGCUCGGGCAGCGAGCGCAACGACAGCGGCAGUCCGCACGCAGGUUGCCGCCGCGACAUCGACAGCAGGGUCUCGGACACGAUGGAGGUGACCGUGGCCUUGGUGGACGUGGUCAGCGGCGUCUCCGCCGACAUGGACACGGACGCGGACGCGAUGGUGGCGGGCGACUCGGGCAGCAAGCACAACGGCGGCCGCAGCGCCGCCGUGUGUGCCGUCAACAGCAUGGUCUCGGAGGCUUCCGCGGCGACCGUGGCCGUGUUGGAUGUGAUCGGGGGCGUCUCCGCUGGCAUGGUCACGAACGCGACGGUGGCAUUCGGCUCGGGCAGCGAGCGCAACGACAGCGGCAGUCCGCACGCAGGUUGCCGCCGCGACAUCGACAGCAGGGUCUCGGACACGAUGGAGGUGACCGUGGCCUUGGUGGACGUGAUCAGCGGCGUCUCUGCCGACAUGGACACGGACGCGGACGCGAUGGUGGCGGGCGACUCGGGCAGCAAGCACAACGGCGGCCGCAGCGCCGCCGUGUGUGCCGUCAACAGCAUGGUCUCGGAGGCUUCCGCGGCGACCGUGGCCGUGUUGGAUGUGAUCGGGGGCGUCUCCGCUGGCAUGGUCACGAACGCGACGGUGGCAUUCGGCUCGGGCAGCGAGCGCAACGACAGCGGCAGUCCGCACGCAGGUUGCCGCCGCGACAUCGACAGCAGGGUCUCGGACACGAUGGAGGUGACCGUGGCCUUGGUGGACGUGGUCAGCGGCGUCUCCGCCGACAUGGACACGGACGCGGACGCGAUGGUGGCGGGCGACUCGGGCAGCAAGCACAACGGCGGCCGCAGCGCCGCCGUGUGUGCCGUCAACAGCAUGGUCUCGGAGGCUUCCGCGGCGACCGUGGCCGUGUUGGAUGUGAUCGGGGGCGUCUCCGCUGGCAUGGUCACGAACGCGACGGUGGCAUUCGGCUCGGGCAGCGAGCGCAACGACAGCGGCAGUCCGCACGCAGGUUGCCGCCGCGACAUCGACAGCAGGGUCUCGGACACGAUGGAGGUGACCGUGGCCUUGGUGGACGUGGUCAGCGGCGUCUCCGCCGACAUGGACACGGACGCGGACGCGAUGGUGGCGGGCGACUCGGGCAGCAAGCACAACGGCGGCCGCAGCGCCGCCGUGUGUGCCGUCAACAGCAUGGUCUCGGAGGCUUCCGCGGCGACCGUGGCCGUGUUGGAUGUGAUCGGGGGCGUCUCCGCUGGCAUGGUCACGAACGCGACGGUGGCAUUCGGCUCGGGCAGCGAGCGCAACGACAGCGGCAGUCCGCACGCAGGUUGCCGCCGCGACAUCGACAGCAGGGUCUCGGACACGAUGGAGGUGACCGUGGCCUUGGUGGACGUGGUCAGCGGCGUCUCCGCCGACAUGGACACGGACGCGGACGCGAUGGUGGCGGGCGACUCGGGCAGCAAGCACAACGGCGGCCGCAGCGCCGCCGUGUGUGCCGUCAACAGCAUGGUCUCGGAGGCUUCCGCGGCGACCGUGGCCGUGUUGGAUGUGAUCGGGGGCGUCUCCGCUGGCAUGGUCACGAACGCGACGGUGGCAUUCGGCUCGGGCAGCGAGCGCAACGACAGCGGCAGUCCGCACGCAGGUUGCCGCCGCGACAUCGACAGCAGGGUCUCGGACACGAUGGAGGUGACCGUGGCCUUGGUGGACGUGGUCAGCGGCGUCUCCGCCGACAUGGACACGGACGCGGACGCGAUGGUGGCGGGCGACUCGGGCAGCAAGCACAACGGCGGCCGCAGCGCCGCUGUGUGUGCCGUCAACGGCAUGGUCUCGGAGGCUUCCGCGGCGACCGUGGCCGUGUUGGAUGUGAUCGGGGGCGUCUCCGCUGGCAUGGUCACGAACGCGACGGUGGCAUUCGGCUCGGGCAGCGAGCGCAACGACAGCGGCAGUCCGCACGCAGGUUGCCGCCGCGACAUCGACAGCAGGGUCUCGGACACGAUGGAGGUGACCGUGGCCUUGGUGGACGUGGUCAGCGGCGUCUCCGCCGACAUGGACACGGACGCGGACGCGAUGGUGGCGGGCGACUCGGGCAGCAAGCACAACGGCGGCCGCAGCGCCGCCGUGUGUGCCGUCAACAGCAUGGUCUCGGAGGCUUCCGCGGCGACCGUGGCCGUGUUGGAUGUGAUCGGGGGCGUCUCCGCUGGCAUGGUCACGAACGCGACGGUGGCAUUCGGCUCGGGCAGCGAGCGCAACGACAGCGGCAGUCCGCACGCAGGUUGCCGCCGCGACAUCGACAACAGGGUCUCGGACACGAUGGAGGUGACCGUGGCCUUGGUGGACGUGGUCAGCGGCGUCUCCGCCGACAUGGACACGGACGCGGACGCGAUGGUGGCGGGCGACUCGGGCAGCAAGCACAACGGCGGCCGCAGCGCCGCCGUGUGUGCCGUCAACAGCAUGGUCUCGGGGGCUUCCGCGGCGACCGUGGCCGUGUUGGAUGUGAUCGGGGGCGUCUCCGCUGGCAUGGUCACGAACGCGACGGUGGCAUUCGGCUCGGGCAGCGAGCGCAACGACAGCGGCAGUCCGCACGCAGGUUGCCGCCGGUAG